AUGAAUCACGUGCAAACACCUUUUUUUGAGGCUGGCCAUACAAUCCUGUACACAUUCGGCACACGGUCGAGUAGCGAAGAACAGGCAAAAAUGGACUCGAACGCCGACGAAGUUCUCCUUGAUUUUGAGACGGUUAGUUUUUUGCUUGACACUUCAUUACUUCUGCUAUUUUGCGUUUUGAGCGAAUAAAGGUGGGCGGGUAAACAAUUUUCACAUUUCGAACAUAAAUGAGUCACAUUUUACUUGGAUGAUAAGUCUCAAGUUUCUCUGCAGCGGAGCGAACCAAAGAAAAACAAAAAAGAAGGCUGUGAUUAAUUAUAACUGCUUAUCGGUUCGUGUAAAAAAAAAAAUAUUAAAUUGUAGUUACAAGAAAAAGAGAUCCCUAUCCAACUAAGAACUUUUACAGGCGAUGCGAGACUUCGGAGUCAUGUUUCCGGAAAGAAGUUCCGACGACAUCGAGCUUGCGCUUCGAAGGAACGACGGCGACGUCGCCGCUACCAUUGACGCCCUUCUUACUCACCAGGUUUCUUGGUUGGAAGGAGAACUAAGACAAAUAAUCAACAAAGAAGUGAAAAAAAGAAAGAAAUAAAAAAAGAAAUAAAAACUCAUGAGGAGUAUUGGGAAGAAAUCCAAUAAAUGCAUUACGAUAAAAUUCUCCAUAAAAAGCUGCUUUUACAUAAUUGAAGUCAUUUCUAAAAUACGACCAUUGGAAGUUGAUUCUUUUUUUCCAACGAAAUACACAUUUUUUUCAUAUUUUUUUCAAAAACAUAGUUUUUAUUCAACUUCCAGGAGUUUUUUCCACGUGUUUGAUUAGAAAACCGCCACUUGUAAUAAGAGAAUGUGUGCGCUAUGGAUAAUCCAGGAUAAUCGACAAAAAUUUUCAACCUGAGCUUCUAAACCUUUUUCUCGACCUUCUGGACGAAUGAUGUCAACUAUAUCACCUUCAACACUUCUUUUUAGUUUUGAAGACGGAGGGAAUUUCGGCCUUUUUGGAUUCUAAACGGAAAUUGUAUGAUGGAAGAAUAAUGAAUCGAAGUGAAUGUUUUGUUUGCGACGCCGUUCAAACUAGAGCCGGGUUUCGCCUUAACACCAUCCACACACAUGCAAAGACACGCAAAACGACUUACUUUGGUUACACAAGCCACGAAAAAAAAAGAAAAAAAAAGUCGUUUUCCAAUGCUUUUUCCCCAUUAAUUUCAUCGGAAAACGGGAAGAAAUAUAAUUAAGCGACGGAAAAGCGUUGGCCGCGACUCUCCGAGGGAAAAAAUUCAGCUCUACUGCUUGCCAAUUUUUUACGAGUGCCGUUUGGGGUGAGAAAUUAUUCAUUGGUUUUGUAGUGAGGUCAGACUUUGUCGCCAGAGCAGAGUUGCGGCGGAUAGAGCGGGGCUAAAACUUCACAGUACAAUUUUUAUAGGUUAGGUAAAAAUAGAUUUUGUGUUUUGAACUAUGUAGAAGAUCAAUGGUCUACUACCUACUUAGAAGGGAGGAAAACAUUUAUUAUUGGGCAAAAAUUUAUCGAGUAGAUUCGAAUAAAAAAGUAAUGAAACCAAGCUUUUUUUUACGUUGAAAAAAAAAUAUGUUAAAGCAGACAAAAGACGGAGUUGGUGUAACCGAAACAAAAAAUACUCACUUAUUUGGCGGAGUAAUUCAGGCUGAGUCUUCAAAUUUAUAUUCUCGAAGAACAAUAAAAUGAGUUGCGGUCUCAUUUUCAGACGAAAAACAGUUGUCUGUUAUUGAGAAUCGAACUAAAUUUAGAGAAAGUACUUGAAAAAUCGUUGUGAGAAAAUCAAAGUUCUUUGUUUCCUUCAACUUAAAAACUGAUUCAAUUUUUUUUUUUUUGAACAACCGCUAUGUAGUUGUUUUUAUUAGAAAGAAACUCAAAAAAAGUUUUUUCGAAAAUAAAAUAAUACUUAGGCUUCAAGAAAGGUCACAAUCGCUUCUGAGACAAGCGCAGUACAGCCAAAAGGACUGGAAAACCUGCAAAAAGAACGAAAAGAAGUGGAAAAACUGCUCCGCGAGAACCAAAAAAUGCUGGAUGUCGUCUGCGACGUCAAGAAGGCGCGGUCAGUUUGGAUGAUUCAUGAGCUCUAAAAGAAAAAUGAGAAAAAUAGGCGGUGCAGUCGAUGAUUUAAAAUUUUAUACUCAUUAGAAUUUUCAACUCCAGAAAAAUAAUGGAGACGUGUAAAAACCGAGCUGCAAAAAAAGCCAGAAGGAAAUUGAGCCGCAGAGCUCCAUUUUCACAAUUCUUCAAAUUGAUUUCGAAUACCAUGAAUAAAUAAAUUCCUAGAGAUCUGAAAAAAAAAUUUCAAAUUUGUAAAACCGCGUAAACGGUGUUCAUUUAGGCUCCUAGGAUGGAGAAAAACAAUGAGUCACUCAUCUUUCAGUGAAUAUUCCAUUUAUUACUGGGAAAAGGGCUCAGAGAACUGGAAGACGCGCAGUUGGCCUUGCUUCUGCGUCACCACGACGUCUGCGCACUGAUCAAGCGUGAAAAGCCGACGGCUCAAAAAGCCGUUAAAGUGCGCCCUGCGGAGAAGGAGCGUCGAGUGGUGGAAGAGCAGCCGCGGACGCGCUGUCCUGAGGGGCCGGUCGUCGAAUUUCCGGCGACGACGCCGACGACACCCGCCGAACAUCUGCGCCACGGCUUGGCCACCGUCAAGAGAGGUCUCCAAGUGUCGCAUUUCUGAGCACCCUGAAAUUGCAGCUUCGCGACGGCUUCUCUCCUCCCUCUCCACGGAUUCUCAGUGA